UCGAUUCUUCAAGUAAUGCCGGGGGAAUUCAGUCGAAUGAUUCAGUCGGACUCUGAUUAUUUGCUGUGAUUGUGAAUCGAAAUGUUUUCUCAGUAUGACGACAUUUGAAGAAAGUGUGUGCAGACUGAAGGAAUAUAUUGAACUGAUAAGGAUUGUUUUCGCUGACGACUUUUAAACGUGGUAAAUUCCCCCCUUUUUUUUUUUAUGCAUAACAACUUUAUAAUUAUUCGAAUGAAAGAGAGUAAUUAAAAAUCUUAGAAUUUUUUUUUAAAUUAUUUAUUUUUAUCUCUGUAAAGGAAUCGUACUUUUGGAAAAAGAUGGUAACUCACUCAUAACUCUUUUACCAUAGAUUCGAAACUAUAUGAGAAAACCUGAUAUUUCAGAUGCAUGCGUAUAUAUAGAUAUAUAUAAAUCGACAACAGUAAUGGAUGGUACUGCGUUUUUCUUCAGAACUACAAAGUACUAAACACAAAAUUGAAUCAACUACAAUAUCGCUUUCUGGUGUAAAUAAUAGUUUGCAUAUUCAUCACAUUCAUUUGCAUUUAGAUCCCGAAAUAGUGUACUAAAAUGGAAAACAAAUAUAAAAAAAGCAAUCUUCCCUCCAUAGCAGCGAGAUGAAGAAAGUGUUUCCUAAACGGAAUCUUCAAAUAUUUCUCAGUUUGAGUUGAGAUUGAAAAUUUCAGGUGCGACAAGACCUGCUUCGACGGACAAAAAGCUGAAUGACUCCUAAACGGGCGGCUUCAGAAUCCAUGGGAUGAUAUGUAGAAUCAGAAAUCUUAAGCAAAACUCUGAUUUCAUGUGUUUUGAUCAAAGACGAUUCUCUGAGGUGAUCCACCCACUUUGGUCAAAGUUCUCCUUAUUUUAGGAAGCCGUGCAUCCAGAUGGUGUUCAGAGUGCACUCAAACAAAGAUCUUGCUGUACACAUUCUGACCCUUUGAAAAAGACUGUUCAAAAACAAACUGUUUGGAUUCGGAGCUGGACUAAAACGAGUGAUUUUGAACUUAUUCAAGGAUGGUUUCUCCUUCCAUUGAGAGAAACGCAGAAACAAGGGUCGUGUGAUGGUGGGUUAUAGUCGCCUUCUUCUUCUGAGCCAAUCGGAUGCUGAGUAGGUGAGAUAUCCCUUCACCGGAGCGCGAGAGAGACCCCCGAAUCCGCCUGCCGCCGAGUGUCGCGUCUCCGAGGGCAUGGCCCCGGUGGUGGGAUGCCGGUGAUCAGCGUGGGGGAGUACCAGCCCCCCGUGCCCCACCUGUGCGGCGGGUGCGGGGGAAAGAUCGCCGACCGCUACUACCUGCUGGCCGUCGACAGGCAGUGGCACGCCAGGUGCCUCAUCUGCUGCGAGUGUAAGGUGCAGCUCGACUCGGAGCUCACCUGCUUCGCCAGGGAUGGGAACAUCUAUUGCAAGGACGAUUACUACAGGUUGUUUGCGGUGAAACGUUGCGCCCGCUGCCAGCGCGGCAUCUUCGCCAAUGAAUUGGUGAUGCGAGCUCGGGACCUGGUGUACCACCUGCACUGCUUCACGUGCGCCUGGUGCAACACGGCCCUGACGCAGGGUGACUACUUCGGCCUGCGCGACAACCUGGUCUACUGCAGGGGCCACUACGAGCUCAUGAUGCACGGAGAGAGCUUCCUGCCUAACGGGACAGAGGGGCCUGCCCUGCUGCCUAGGUAUCCUGGUCUGACGCUGCUCCACCCCGGUCAGGAAACAGCGCCGUCGACAGGAGCCUUCACCCCAUUUUCGGGGGUAACUGGGACUGUGAGGAAAGGUCGACCCCGGAAGAGGAAGACCACGGACGCAGUCGUCAGGGAGGGCCUGCUCUCGCAAACGCUCAUGCUGGAGACAGCUGAGGGUUGCAACCUGCACCUGUCCUCCCUGGAGUCGAACUCGUCGACCCCCGCGGGUCAUUCGGGCCCGCAGCGGACGAAGCGGAUGCGGACCUCCUUCAAGCACCAUCAGUUACGGACGAUGAAAUCCUACUUUGCGAUCAACCAGAACCCAGACGCCAAAGACCUGAAGCAACUGGCUCAGAAGACCGGUCUGUCCAAAAGGGUGCUUCAGGUGUGGUUUCAGAACGCCCGUGCCAAGUGGCGCCGGAACAAUUUAAGGCAGGUGGAUCAUCCGCAAGGCAGCCAGAACUCCCAAAACCAACAGCAGUCAUCAGCGCACGUCCAUAGUCCGGGGGCCACCAGUUCCUUCUCAGAGCCCAGCCCCUGUGGAGGGGGCGGGUCGGCCAUGGGCGCCGAGCUACCGCCCCCCGCGGCGCCUCCGCUCGAUUACGAGACCAACCCAUCCACAAUGACAUCACUAGUCCCCAGGCACGUGUCGCCCGGUGGGGAGUCCCUGCCACUCACUUCAUUCCAAGAAUUGUUUUAACCGAUGACAUUCAUGCUACCCCGAAUUUCGGUCUGUAAUAUAGUGUUCAUAAAACUAGCUGAUGGAAAUCAAGGACUCACUGAUCCUAAGGUCUGGCGAUCCACAAAACAGCCAACACCUGUUCAUCCUUUGAUGAGAAUUCCUCGGUAUGUUUGUCUUCAAUGAUCGGCAUGCCGUCCAACCAGUCGACAUCCUUCUGAGAGCAUCACGCAUGUGUGCUGCUUAAUAUGCAAAUGCAUAAUAAUGACUUCAGUUUUGUGUAUUUUAAAUAUCAAGAAACUAAAAAAUAUCAUGGUAGUUGAGAUUCGGGAGAGAAUAGACAAAAAGAUUCGACAAAAUUGAUGAAUUAUGGUUUGGCUUGUAUCCAUGCAUUAUCAUUCCUUGACUACGAUUGUGAAAUGAGGAGAUCAAGAUAUUGAAAACCUGUUCUGAGAAUAUUUCCUGCAGUUCAGAGAUAUCGAUUACGUAUCGAUAUCGCUUGGAAAUUGGACACCAGAAUGAUGUAAAGAGUAAGACUUAAAAAAAAAAAUUACUUUGUUUUGGUCAUAUUUUUUUCACAUAAAAAUGAUAUACAAUUUCUGAAAAUGAAUCAAAAAUUAAUUCAAGUAAAAUCUGGAUCAUUGAAUCAACUUCGAUCACGCAUUUUGAAUAAUGCCUUUAUAAUUUAAAAGGGAACAGAAGAUUUAUUAAAUCUUUAGUAUAGUUUUAGAUGUUUUCACAAAUUACAGGUUUCUCAGAAUUUGCAUCAAUGCAAUAACAUUUUAAAUAAGUUUCUAUAUGCUUAAUAAUAUUUCAAAUUGAAAAGAACACUUUCGAUUUCCAAUUUACUCUAUCUCUUUACAGCAAAUAAGUUUUACAAAUGUAAACUUUAAAUUAAUCCACUUAGAUAUAAAAUCGCCGUUUU